AUGUCAACGUACGCCAUGUCUAUGACCUCCAUGUCGUCCAUCAGCAACGGUAUGGGUGGACACGGAUGUGGCGCUCAAUCCAUGGCCACCAAUGGGUCGACCGGAGCCGCGGCGGUCGUCACGAAAGCCCGGCCCAAGAAAGUGGAGGUCCGGUGGUUGGAGUCGGAGUCGGAGAUGUAUCUGAAACAAUGGCAGCACCGCUACCACCAGUUGGUCGGCCUCGACGACGAGUUCGACGACAUGUGUAAGAGUAAUAAGCGGUUUAAGAAGUCGUUGUUUGGGAUCAGCUCUGAGCCAAUGCUGGCCGAUGGGCCCGAGUUUGCCCGCCGGCGCCGCAAUAUGGCCGCCGCCGCCGAUGACGAGUCCAGCGAUGGCGAAGACAACGACUCGUUUGAAAACAUGAGACUCACGUCCGUCAAGAGAUUUGUGAAUAAAAAUGACAUAGUGUUCAACGAGAAGGAGCGCCAGUUUUCCAUCGAUUUAAACAAACGGCUGGAACUGUUGGCCAAAGAUCAGGCGGCGCUGACCAACGGCGUGGACGCCGCCAUCGACGAGACAGUGUUGAAGGCGCGACAGCCGAAGACACCGCGUGGAAGCGCUGGCAAUGGCGGCGGCGGUCAACGGGAUAGGAGUCGACCUCCGCGGCCACGACCGCCGCCCAUACGGCGCCAGAUAUUCAAGUGCGAGCACAUCGGCUGCUCCUAUCAAUCCGACCGUAACUUUAAUUUCUUGCGCCACAAACGCACGCAUCGGAAGACCAACGGAACGGCCGGCGCCGACGGCUGUGGCGGCGACGACUCGGUGUCGGCCGCCGCUGCCAACGGUGUGGUCAAAGUGUUGACCAAUCUGUGCGUUGCGGUGAAAUCGUCGGCUACGGGGCCGACCAUUCACGGCCUGACGACACUCGACCACCAUAUCAUAAAUGGCGGCCCGAAUCCCAAACUGUAUAUCACGCAGACUUCCAACACGUCCGACACGGCCUCCACAAUGUCCUCCUCGUCGCAGCUGUCGAUCACCACAAGCGGUUCCAUAGGCGGCAGUACU